CAGGACACACCGCACCGUGCCUCGGUCUCUGGCAGUCUGCCAUCUCGCAACUCCUACUCCCGUUCCCACAACACGCCUUCGAUGCUCGGCUCUUCCUAUAACCCCACUCACCGUGUUACCCGCCGCAAGAGCACCACUCUGAGCGCCGCAACCAGUGCCCAAGCAAUCUCCCAAGCCAUCAAUAUCGAUCAAUCCAACGCUGCCCGUAAAUCCAUCUCCUCACGCAGCGCUCUUGGUUCCCUAGGCCAGGCUAGCUAUCCUUCUCCCCCUAGCAGCUUGCCUCAGGGCGACAAGCCUGCCGAUGACAAGAAGAUCAAGGCUCGUCGUGGCAGCGACGGUUCCGUCUUGACAAAGAAGAAAUCGGCUGCUGGUGAGCUCAAGUGUGAAACCUGCGGAAAGGGCUAUAAGCACAGCAGUUGUUUGACGAAACAUCUUUGGGAGCACACUCCGGAAUGGCAGUACACGUCCAAACUCCUCAUCUCCAAGCACCAGCAAGUGCAAUUGUUAGAAGCUGCCUCAGUCCUUGUCGCCAUGAACGGAGAUGCAACCACCGGAGACAGCAAACUCAGCGACAGCGACAACUCGUCUGCCUCGCCUGCUGCCUCGGGCUCUGACUCUAGAGAAGACGACAUCAGCUCGGCCGAGACGACGCCUCCUCCUCAUGGUGAGCAAUCUUUCGGACACAACAAGCGCUACAGCAACGCCAGCAGCCUUGUUUCGCGCUCGUACCAGUCUGAAUUCUCAGCUCCUGCUGGAUCAUCGCACGCCCGUCACUGGAGCACUUCAAGCAGCAGGCCCAUCACUGCUGCCUCUUCUCUUGCCCAGAGCUAUCCCGAUGAGGACCAAGCGGACCUUGCUGCUGCAGUCGGCCUACUCAGCUGCAGCUAUGGCACCCCAACUUAUGGUCCCACCAGCUUGGGCAAGGAUGUGCCUCCGGUGCCUCCUCUUCCUGCAAGAUACCAGAACUCGUACCAGCCAAGCUCCUUGGCAAAUGCUCAUCAGUUCCACGAAGAUGUCGAUAUGGAAGAGGAGUCGUACUCGGAUGAUGAUGACGAAACCAGCAGAGCAGAUGAAGCCGACGAUGGCGUCUUUGGCACAAUGGAAGAGUAA